UUACCCUCCUCGCACCGGAUAUGUCGUUGUUGCUGACUUUCCGCCCAAGUCAGUUUGUCAUGUAGCUGCAAGCUACAUUCUUCUAAAAGUAGUAGAAAAUGCACUUAUCUCCGCUGUAAAUGGUGUUGCCAACGAGCAGGUAUUUGCCAAAGUGUAAGUUACAUAUGAAGUCAUCAUUUUUCGGGAACAAUGGUGAAGUACUUUGCCUGCGUGGGUCAUCUGAAAAGUUCCUGGGACCAAGUUUGCAUCGCUUUCUGGGAGCGAUACCCCAACCCCUACAGUAACCAUGUCCUAACGGAGGACAUCAUCUUCAGGGAAGUAACUCCCGGUAACCGUCUGGUCUCUAGGCGACUGCUGACCAAAACUAACCGCGCCCCUCGCUGGAUGGAGAAGUACCUGCCGGUUACCAUGGCCAGGCACGCCUACAUCAUCGAGGAUUCCAUUGUGGACCCCCAGAACAGAACCAUGACAACGCUGACUUGGAACAUCAGCCACGCACGCAUGAUGUCCGUGGAGGAGCGUUGUGAGUACAGAAUUAACCCUGACAACACCAGCUGGACGGAGAUUAACAGAGAGGCCUGGAUCUCGUCUAACCUCUACGGGCUCUCCAGAGCUAUACAGGAAUUUGGCCUUGCCCGGUUCAAGACCAGUGUUACAAAGACCAUGAAAGGGUUUGAAUACGUCCUGGCCAAAAUGCAAGGUGAUACCCCCUCCAGGACCCUGGCUGAGCAUGCUGCAGAGAGGGCCAGGGAGACGGCUCUGGUAGCUAAAGAGAAAGCCAAAGGCCUGGCCUCACAGGCUCACAAGAAACAACAGUAUGUCUGAGCUGCCAGUGUAGGGUGAAGCUUCCCCUAGAUGCUGAUAUGUGUUUAGGAUUGGCGCAGGGGAAGCUGAUCCUAGAAACUCAAACCCAGAAUGCGAGGUGCCAGUGGGAGGAAGUAGACAUUGGCCCGUCAGUCCUGCCUUGAUUCAAAGACUUUAUCUGGGAUGGAUUGAGCCUGCCUGGCUGGCACUAUUUGAACCCAGGUCUGGUUGUCCCUCACCAGGUUGUCCCUACUCAGAUCUGGGAUCAGAUCUUAUUGAGGUAGGGGAAUCUGAUCCUAGAUCUGUGGUUAUGUAUGCAAAAUCCGUUAACUAAAAUUACCAGGUUUUCCAUAAAUUUAAAGAUUACCCGAAGGAAAUCCAGAAUCCUCCAACCAGGAGGAAAACCUGGUAGUUUUGUGAAUGUUUCUGUAAUUUUUGACAGUGAUCUAGGGGAAGAACCAUUAGUUAAAGACAAUUUUAUGCUGAAUCUGAUCAAAUGGUGGAGACCAUAUGGAGGGUGCGACGAGGCUCCGGAGGCGUGCAGAGGCCGACUCAAGCUCCAUACCGCAUCGCCGUGCACCUCUCAAAUGUUGUAACAAUGUGGAGGGCUCCGCAUUGACAUGAUUGGUUGACUGUAGGUGAGGCCGGGAGGUCCUGAAUAAACAAACUCACUCUCUCACUCUGCUGCUGCAGACAUCGGAUUGACCAUGCGGCACCUUUUUUAGACUUGUGUCUUCUAACACAAGUGUCUGGGCUGCGUCUCAAUAGUCCUCACUAGCUUCCUUUCCUUGUCUCCUUUCCUUCAGUACAGUACCCAAACAGGGAGGUGAAGUUUCCAUUCUACUCCCUCCGCCUGUCGUGGUCUUAUCAGUUGGUGUGUACAUGCUUAUCUCAAUGAGACAAACCUGCAGAAAUGAAGGUUAGGUUAUCAGUAGCGGAAAGAGAUGAGAAAUGGAGGAGGCUGAACGCUAUAGAUGUGGUUACUGUACCUGCAGAGAACGUACACUGAGUAACUGGGUUGAUCUUGUUGGAGGCAUGUGGCAGCAUUGGGGACCGGACAACACCAGUCCCACCCAGCAGGUGAUCUACUGGGGACCGGACAACACCAGUCCCACCCAGCAGGUGAUCUACUGGGCACGGCUGACCUUGGUGUUGGUCGGUCUUGGCCUUUUAUUGGUGGCUAGCUAGUACAAGAGACUGGUUCAUGUCUCCAGAAAUGACUGUGUGGCUCGAGUUGUUUUUCGUGACCUACUGAAUACUGUCAUAUUCAGUAUUGGGUCAGUUUUUAGCAUUUUCCCAAUAAUGGCUAAGGUUAGGAUUGGUUAGAGGGGAAGCUGGUCCUAGAUCUGUAGGCCUACCCACCAUUUCACUCAGUCAUUGGCUGAGUCCCAAAUGGCACCCUAUUCCCUAUAUAGUGUACUACUUUAGACCAGAGACUUAUGGAACCCUAUUCCCUACAUAGUGCACUAGUUUAGAUCAGGGCUCUAUAGAACCCUAUUCCCUAUAUAGUGCACUACUUUAGACCAGGGCUCUAUAGAACCCUAUUCCCUAUAUAGUGUACUACUUUAGACCAGGGCUCUAUAGAACCCUAUUCCCUAUAUAGUGUACUACUUUAGACCAGGGCUCUAUAGAACCCUAUUCCCUAUAUAGUGUACUACUUUAGACCAGGGCUCUAUAGAACCCUAUUCCCUAUAUAGUGUACUACUUUAGACCAGGGCUCUAUAGAACCCUAUUCCCUAUAUAGUGUACUACUUUAGACCAGGGCUCUAUAGAACCCUAUUCCCUAUGUAGUGUACUACUUUAGACCAGGGCUCUAUAGAACCCUAUUCCCUAUAUAGUGUACUACUUUAGACCAGGGCUCUAUAGAACCCUAUUCCCUAUAUAGUGCACUACUUUAGACCAGGGCUCUAUAGAACCCUAUUCCCUAUAUAGUGCACUACUUUAGAUCAGGGCUCUAUAGAACCCUAUUCCGUAUAUAGUGUACUACUUUAGACCAGGGCUCUAUAGAACCCUAUUCCCUAUAUAGUGUACUACUUUAGACCAGGGCUCUAUAGAACCCUAUUCCCUAUAUAGUGUACUACUUUAGACCAGGGCUCUAUAGAACCCUAUUCCCUAUAUAGUGCACUACUUUAGACCAGGGCUCUAUAGAACCCUAUUCCCUAUAUAGUGUACUACUUUAGGUCAGGGCCCUAUAGAACCCUAUUCCCUAUAUAGUGUACUACUUUAGACCAGGGCUCUAUAGAACCCUAUUCCCUAUAUAGUGUACUACUUUAGACCAGGGCUCUAUAGAACCCUAUUCCCUAUAUAGUGUACUACUUUAGACCAGGGCUCUAUAGAACCCUAUUCCCUAUAUAGUGCACUACUUUAGACCAGACUUAUGGACUCCUUUAACCCGUCGUGCACUUGUCUAUUCCAUUACCGGAAGCAUUUCUCCUGUCGUAGUUCCUUGACCUUCAUAUAGUUGUGUUUCUCUCACUGUAGAUGAGACUGGCUCCGUAUCUUCAGUUACUUAAGAUUUAGGCGUACGAUGUGUAAAUAUUUAAUCUUUUUCAAAAUCAUCUUUUGUUUUCUGUUUAACUAGACUACUCACACAAAAAAGCCAAUCUCAAAGUAAUCUCCCUGAAUCUUGAUUCUUCGCUACAGGUUAAUUGAUUUCAGUUAUGGCGCUACAUAUAUAUAUUUUUUAAUUCAGAAUGAAAAUUAAUUGCUUCAAAUUGAAGGUGUUCAUAGUGUGAUGAGGGGGAGACGUUAUUUUGCAGUCGUUACUUGGAAGUGAUCAUCCUUGGCUAGAGGGAGAGCUGCUACUUGGCUUUCUCUUGACAUUGUGAAAAGACAGGAUUGCUGUGGAUAUCGAUGUCUGUCUAUGCUUGAAGUAAUUAGCUUCAGAAAAUGAGCCAAAUUUACACACACAAAAAAUGGUAUAAUUACACUCAAAGACAUGCUCCGGAACUUUGACAACUGUUUUUUUUUUGUUAAAUGGGCUGGAUGUGUCAAUGUGUAGUUAGUUUAAGCAAUAAGGCACGAGGGGGUGUGGUAUAUGGCACGUCGCAACGCGGAGUGCCUGGACACAGCCCUUAGCCGUGGUAUAUUGGCCAUAUACCAUGAACCUCCCUGAGAUGCCUUAUUGCUAUUAUGAACUGGUUACCGAUGUAAUUAGAGAAGUAAAAAUGUAUGUUUUCUCAUACCUGUGGUAUAUAGUCUGAUAUACCAUGGCUGUCAGCCAAUCAGCAUUCAAGGCCUCUGACCAUCCCGUUUAUAAACAUGAGAUAAUCUAUGAGCAGAAUUACUAUUUUUACCUCAAUUAAAAAUCCCUCGUUUGAAAGACUGUUUUUCUAACCCUUUCCCCUACAUGGGCCAGCCCCCAAGCAAUUAGUCCCGAGCUUCUCCAUUUGAUUGACAGCUAGUAAGGUUGCACACACAGCAGAGCAAUGACAUGGUACACAUCUAUGAUGUAGUACACCAUUUUCGGGUACCACUUUUGGCUCAUGAGCGCUUACUUUCAUAACUACUGGCUAUAAGAGUACACAAGUACCUGGGAAUCUUUUUUUUUUUUUUUUAAAGCAAAUUAAUGUUGACAAAUUAUGAAUGUGUAAUGUUUGAGCAACAGUAUGGACUUAUUGAUGAAUACUAAUAAAUAUUUUCUGUGUCUGGA